CGAGUUUUCGAUCGCCCUGGAGCUCGAGAGAAUCCAUGGAUUCUUCGCCUGUGUCUGGUCGCCUCGAUAUAUUCGAAAUAUACCGCAGUUUCUGUGAGAUUAGAUCAAGUCAAGGUCUGUGUAAUAAUAUCUAUAAGCCUCCCUACGAGGCAUCAUCACCAAGAGCUAACUAUCUUAAAGAAGCAUUGACUCAGCUCUUAACCCUUGUCGAGAACAAGUUUCAAGCAAGAAACUCCAUCUUUGAUGAGUUGUUCAAGUUGAUGUCACGCCUAGACUUAAUGGUGGACUUCUCGGAGUUUAGACGCUUUUAUGAUUUUGUUUUCUUCAUGUGCCGUGAGAAUGGGCAGAAGAGUAUUACUGUAGGCAGAGCUAUUACCGCAUGGAAACUGGUUUUGGUUGGGAGAUUUAGGUUACUUAACCACUUGUGUAAAAACCAACGGCACAAUAUUACAGAAGAUACUUGGCAACAAGUCUUGGUGUUUAGUCGUUGUGUACAUGAGAAUCUUGAAGGAUAUGACUCCCAAGGUGCUUCGCCUGUCCUCAUCGAUGAGUUUGUUGAGCAGAUGUACAGCAUUCUAGGACCGAGAAAGAACACUAGCUUGUCAUGUAACUGUGGUGACAGAGAAUCUGAAUCAUGUCUUUAUGAAGAUCCUCUUUCAGAUGAGCAUCACAAGGAUUUUCGCCGCUGCAACACGGGUUUAAGAAGUGUUCCAGGCUUAAAGAGAAAAACAUCUAAAGACUACGAUGAAGAAGAAGUAUCAGAAAAUGAAUACGCUUUUUCUUCUCCAAACAUGAAACGGAUAAGAUCCGAAGACAGUCCAGGAUGUUCAUCCAAGACUCAUUGUGCGAUUGAGAGAAGUCUAUCACAAGGGUUUGCGAGUCUUUUAUCGACUGGAGAUGAGUCUUGAAACACAAAGACACCAUCCCGCAUAAGCACAGGUUAUAUACAAAACAAAAGAGGUCCCAAGUUGACGUUUAGUUCUUAUUUGUUGUAAGCUUAUAUGACAUUUGCUUACCCAAUCGAUUAAAAAAUUGAUUUUAUU